CUUUCGGUCGCUCGCUCAUCCAGACCGUUCUUACUCUUCUCCUACAAAGCCAUUUCGCUCGUUUGAUGGCUGUUUGCAUCUCUGGCUACUGCUUGUUCUAAUUUUCCCGUCUUGUGGUUUUGCUAUCACGCAUUCUUGAGUUCUGCAUCCCUAGCCCCACGACUGAAUAAACACACACGACAUCCGACAAUGAAGUCUGCAGUGCUGGUUUCGGCUUUGACGGCCGCAGUCACCGUCCACGGCGGUCCGACAGCGACCUUGCCGGUCAAGCCGCGUCAAGUCGAACUUGAGCCCAUCACGGCCACUGGCAAUGCCUUUUUCAAGGGCAAGCAGCGGUUCUACGUCCGCGGUAUCGAUUACCAGCCCGGCGGCGCCAGCGCUAACAUCGACCCCCUGGCCGACACCGAGGUCUGCAUGCCGGAUAUUGAGAAGUUCAAGAAGCUGGGCAUCAACACCAUCCGCGUCUACUCGACCGACAACUCGGUGGACCACGACGAGUGCAUGAACGCUCUCGCCGAGGCCGGCAUCUACGUCGUGCUCGACGCCAACAACCCCAAGUACUCGAUCAACCGCGAAGACCCGCACGGGUCAUAUAAUACGCCCUAUCUGCAGAGCGUGUUCGCCACGAUCGAUGCCUUCGCCAAGUACCCCAACACCAUGGCCUUCUUCUCGGGCAACGAGGUCAUCCACGACCUUGCUAACACCACCCUCGCUGCACCGUACGUGAAGGCGACGGACCGGGACAUGCGUGCCUACAUCAAGGCCCGGGGCUACCGCAAGAUCCUGGUGGGCUACUCUGCUGCCGAUGUCAGCACCAACCGGCGACAGACUGCCGACUACUUCAACUGCGGCUCGGACGACGAGCGCAGCGACUUCUUUGCUUUCAAUGACUACUCGUGGUGCAGCAGCGACUUCAUCACGGCUGGCUGGGACAAGAAGGUGCAGAACUUCACCGGCUACGGCCUUCCCAUCUUCCUGUCCGAGUACGGCUGCAACCACAACACGCGCGACUUCGGCGAGGUGGAGUCGCUCAUGCACUCCAACAUGACGGGCGUCUACUCGGGCGGCCUCAUGUACGAGUACACCAUGGAGGCCAACAAGUUCGGCAUCGUCGAGAUCGAGGGUGGCCAGGAGAACGGCGGCAAGGACCAGACAGGCAAGCGGAAGGAGCUCCCCGAGUUUGCUGCCUACCAGAGCGCUCUGAAGAAGUUCCCCGCCCCGAGCGGCGACGGCGGCUUCACCUCGUCCACCAAGGCCGCUGCGUGCCCCACCCAGGAUGAGAACUGGAGUGUCAGCUCGACGGCCCUUCCGGCCAUCCCCGAGGGUGCCAAGAAGUUCUUCGAGGAAGGCGCCGGCAAGGGCCCCGGCCUGAACGGCCCCGGCUCGCAGUGGGCCGUUGAUCAGGCCUCGACGAGCGAGGGCCCAUCCGCCGGCAGCAGCACCUCUGGUGGCAGCGGCAGCAGCGGCUCAUCCAACCCGAGCAGCGCCGCCGUGCGGGCCACCGUUCCAGCCAUGUCCAAGGCUCCCAUCGUCGUCUCCGGCCUUGUUGUCCUCUUCACCCUCGUCGGUGCCGUUGCUUUGUAGAACUAGUAAUCCACCGCGGUGGUGUUGGAUUGGUUUUGAUGGGUGUGGUGUGGUUAUUUAAUACAUAGUUACUCGUAGAUCAUCAUCUGCGUUCCUGGGGUAUUAUUGGCGCUUGAAAAUUCUUUUCAACUUGCUCUUGUUGGGCCUU